UUAAGGAGGAGAAUAUCUCUCAUUUAUAAUCAGUCUUGACAAGUCGGUCUCGUAAGGUCUUAAAACACUCUUGGUAACUUUCCGGUACUUAGAAAAAAGGUGCCUUGUUUUUGAAAUCAAGUGACUCACAACAAGACACUUAAUGGACUAAGGAUAACAAAGACUGUUCAUUUUGGCUGAGGAAACACCGAGAUAAGGACGGUCACCCCGUAGAGCUGAACGGACGAAGCCGGGAAAUUCAAUUGAACCCUUCUCUAAUUUUUUUUAGCAAGUAACGCAAUGAACAACUCGCUCGCACAGCACAAACUCAACUCAAGCGCCGAGGAAAUUCAAACUUUUGAUUUCAUGCCAGGAUUCGUGUAUCCAGUCGCGACGUGUCAUAUAAUUAUAUUAACAGUAGCUGCAGUGGGAAAUCUUCUAGUUUGUUACGCUAUACUCGCCAACAGAAACUUGCGCAUCAAUCCAACGAACCUCUUUAUUUUCUCCCUGGCGUUGUCCGAUCUCCUGACAGUCACACUGGUUUUGCCAUUUGAUAUAGAAGGGAUCUGUCUUCAGUGGGUUUGGAAUCAUGGAGAGAUUAUGUGCAGAGCAUGGAUAACGAUGUACCUAAUAACCGUACCAACCUCGAUUUUGACCCUGUUGGCCGUCAGCGUGGAUCGAUACAAAAGCCUCAGUGAUCCUCUAAAUCGUUUUAGACGUUGCAGAUUCAUGACUCGGAAAAGAGCUUUCUUUAUCUGCUUUAUAAUCUGGCUGUACAGUUUUUUGAGCGCUUUGCUUCCUGUCAUGGGUUGGCGGACAGCUGACUAUUUUGUCCACGACAAAGUUUGUUAUUUCCCUUUCACCCGGGUUUAUUUCAUUCUGACUUCUGUUCUGAAUUUCAUUUUGCCACUAUUGGUAACAUGUGGAAUCUAUAUUAAGAUUUAUACGAUCGCUUCCACUCAUCACAAGAACGUUGAAGGAGAUGACAGCCGAAAAUUUCGUUCCACCGAAGAGAAAAAGGUGUAUACCAGAAAUGUAAGAGCAGCUAAGACAAUAUCUAUUUUUGUGGGGGCUUUUUUCUGUUGCUGGGUGCCAUUUUCCUCGGUCAGUAUUAUCGCGUUCAUUUGCGGCGAGUCAUGUACGGGCAGUAUCCCCUAUGAAGCUCGCAUCGUUUUGUUAAUGUUUGGGUACCUAAACUCAGCGCUCAAUCCGUUUCUUUUUGCAUUCCGUAACCGCAGAUUUAAGGCCACCUACUCGCUGAUGGUGAGAUCACUAAAAGCUCGUUCUAAGCCCGAAAGAAAAAUUAGCCGCUCGACACUGACGCAAAGCACGAUCGGCUCCGAAGUUCUAGAUUCGCAAGAUAUGAAUGUUCGUCUCCAAUCGGUGAGGCCGAAGCGGGAGUAG